UGAAGGUUUACAGAGGAAAUUGGGAAAUUACAGCGGAAACCAAGAAAUUUUCUGUGAUUAAGCAUAUACCCUGCAAUGGAUUAUCGAAAAGAUGAAAUGUGGGCUGAUGGCAGAUAUGAUUAUGAGCGAAUUCCUAGACAACGUCUUGUGUCUCGUGGUGAUCUUCUCGAAGGAGAAUAUCAUAGGGUGGUAAAUGUGGUUAAUCACAGAAGGGCAGAAGAUGAAACGUAUCCUCGCUACGAAGAAUAUGGUGAACCAGAAUACAGAGAUUAUGAAGAGGGACAUGGCUACACUGCUGAAAGACGCGGCGGGCUUUACAGAGGGGAUAGUCCGGGAUACAGAUGGCAAAGAGGUGACCCCCACGUGAGCAGACAGCCUGAAUACAGGGAAAACCGAGAAGGUUUUAGAAGAAAGCCAAUGUAUCCUCCUAACGUCUACAUGAGAGAACGUUCACCACACAGAAGAGAGUCUCUUUUCUUUCGAGACUCUCCAGUUACUCAAAGAGACUCUCCCCAUAGUAGAUCGGGUUCCAGCGUCAGUAGCAGAAGCUAUUCACCAGACAGAGGAAAAUCCUUUCCCUCCCAUCAACACAGCAGAAGUAAAGAAAGACCUGUUGGUCAUCCUUUAAAGUCACCCAGAGAUGUCUCCCCGUCAAGUUCAGCCUCAACUCUGCCAGCAAAGGCUGUGGAAUUGGAUAAAAGUAGCAGAUCUGAGGGUGCGUUUGUGGAAACCUCUUCCAUGUGGGCUGCUGACAAGAUGGAACUGUCUGAAAACAAUGCUCCAGAAACCACAGAUGAAUAUGUAAAAACAAUUGGACAGUCAUCUGCGUUAUAUGGAGAUCCAUCAGAAGAACUUGAGGCAAAUGUUUCUGCGACUUCAGAAAUUUUCGAAGUGCGUCCGCAUAACAGUCGUGCAAAAGCAAUUGCAGCAAAAACUAAAGAAAUCGAAGAGGUAUAUAGGCAGGAUUGUGAGACUUUUGGGAUGGUCGUGAAGAUGCUCAUUGACAAAGAUCCAUCACUUGAAAAGCAGGUUCAAUACGCCCUGAAACAAAAUUUAAGUGAAAUCGGAGAGAGAUGUAUUGAAGAACUGAAAAUGUAUAUCAUGGAAUACGAUGACACACAACAAGAACUGGCAUAGCACGCAAAUCACACCAACCAUAUGGGCAGAUUUUAGACAUUAUCUUGCACACAUCUGUGACAUUUAACCUAUAUUAAUAUUUCGGUUAUUCUAGAAGAUAUAAAAAUAACAAGGCUGGAGAGGGUACUUGGGCUACCUGCAUUUGAAUUUUUUUUUACAAAUAUAUUCCCUAUAUAUAUAUAUAUAGGGAAUUCAUGGUUGUUACAUGUAAUAAUGUAUGAUAAGACUGCUCUAAAAUGUGUGUAUUUUGGUGGCCUAACUUUCUUAAAAAAAAAAAAUAAAAUACACAUGACCUGUCAUUUUACAGUAUUGUUUAAUAAUGACCUUCUGUACAGACUGUAUCUUUAAAUUUAAAAUGUUCUGUAAACAGUUUUUGUUAAAUAUUCCUCUCUUCAC